AUGAUGAUUUUAAAAUCUUUUAUACCGAGGAAUCUAAUAUCCUUAUACAUGACGAUAAUCAAUUCGAUUGUUAUGGUGGGACUCUAUUAUGGAUCGACCACACUAUCCAUAGGUCCCUCUUAUAUCUUCCUUCUACGAGCUCGGUUUAUGGAAGAAGGAGAAGAAGGAACCGAGAAGAGAGUAUCGGCAACAACCGGGUUUAUUGCAAGCCGACUCAUGAUGUUCAUAUCAAUCUACUAUGUACCGCAUUUAGCAUUGGGUAAACCUCAUACAAUAACUGUCCUAGCUCUAUCGUAUCUUUUGUUUCAUUUCUCAAACAAUCACAAAGACUUUUAUCAUAGACGUCCUACCGUAAAUUCAAUGCGUAAUCUUAGCAUUCAAUGUGUAUUGAAUAAUCUCAUUAUUCAAUUAUUCAACCAUUUCAUUUUACCAAGUUCAAUGUUAGCUAGAUUAGUUAACAUCUAUAUGUUUCAAUGCAACAACAAUAUGUUAUUUGUAACAAGUAGUUUUUUUCGUUGGUUAAUUGGUCAUAUUUUAUUGAUGAAAUGGGUUGGGUUGGUAUUAGUCUGGAUACAACAAAAUAAUUUAAUUAGGUCUAAUGUACUUAUUCGAUCUAAUAAGUAUCUUGUAUCGAAAUUUAGAAAUUCUAUGGCUCGAAUCUUUAGUAUUCAUUAUUUAUUACCGUGUUACUAUUUAGGCAGAAUACCGUCACCCAUUCUAACUAAGAAACCGAAAGGAAUUUCGAACCGGAAGAAUGGGGAAAGUGAGGAAGAAAGAAACAUAGAAAUAGAAACUAUUUCGACGGGAGGGCUAACGAAAUGGGGGACCGAAGAAAAUACUUCUUCUUCCUUUGAGCAAGAGGUGGAUCCGAGCAAAAUCGACGAAAUAGAAAAGCUACGAGUGGCUGGAAAAAAAAAAAUAAAGGGCGAACUCCACUUUCGUUUUAAAGAGACAUACUAUAAAAAUAGACCGGUUUAUGAAGCUUCUUAUCUGGAUGGGAAUCAAGAAAGUUUGAAGUUUGAAAUUAAAAAAAAAGAAGAUAAAUAUUUAUUAUGGAUUGAAAAACCUCUUGUGACACUUCUUUUUGAUUCUAAAUGAUGGAAUCGACCUUUACGAUAUAUAAAAAAUGACCGGGUUGAAAAUGCUAUAAAAAAUGAAAUGUCACAAUAUUUUUUUUAUACAUGUCAAAGUGAUGGAAAAGAAAAAAUAUCUUUUACGUAUCCACCAAGUUUAGCAACUUUUGGGGAAAUGAUACAAAAAAUAUAUUUUUUCACACCAGAAAAAUGGUUUUCUGAUGAAUUGUAUACUGAUUGGAGUUUUAUCAAUGAACUAAAAAGAAGAAAUUUGAGUGAGGAGUUUAUAAAAAGAGUCGAAUCUUUAGAUAAGGGAUCUUUUGAUCUGGACAUACUUGAAAAACGGACUCGAUUCUCUAAUAAUGAAACUAAACGAGAAUACUUGCCUAAACUAUAUGAUCCUUUCUUGCAUAGACCCUACCGCGGAAGAAUCAAAAAAUGGGGUUCUCCUUUAAGCAUAAAUCAAACUUAUAAAAAAAAAAACACGGAUCCAUUUUGGAUAAAUAAGAUUCAUGCUCUACUUCUUACUACUGAUUAUCACGACCUUGAACAAACACUAGAUACACUCAAUAUAAAAUCACUAGCAAUAGAAAAAGAACUCUCUUUAUUGACAUUGACAGAAGAUGAACACGGAAAUAUCGAUUUCGAGGAUCGAGUCAAAAUUUUUAAAUUUUUAUUCAAUAUAGUUAUAACUAAUCCCAACAAUCAAACAAUUAGAAAAAAAUCUAUUGGAAUAAAAGAAAUAAGUAAAAAAGUUCCUCGAUGGUCAUACAAAUUAAUCGACGAUUUAGAACCGGAGGGAGAAAACGAGGAAAAUGUAACAGCAGAGCAUGAAAUUCAUUCAAGAAAAUCCAAGCGCAUUGUGAUUUUUACUAAUAACCGUGCAAACGCCGAUACUUAUACUAAUACCAAGGAUGCUAAUGAUCCCGAUCAUGACGAAGUGGCUUUGAUACGCUAUUCAUAACAAUCGGAUUUUCAGCACGACAUAAUAAAGGGUUCCAUGCUUGCCCAAAGGCGUAAAACAAUUACUUGGGAGCUGUUUCAAGAAAAUGUACAUUCCCCUUUUUUGGACAGAGUAGACAAACCACUCUUUUUUCUUUUGAUGUUUCGGACCGCUGAAACGAAUAUCUCAAAUUGGAUAUGUAAAACAAAGAAUCAAAAUUUCGAUUAUACGAAAAAAAGAUCGAGAAAAAGACGAGGCCAAAAGAGAAAAUACAAAAGAGAAGAGAAAAUGAGGAUAGAAAGCGAAGCUUGGGAUAGUCUUUUACUUGCUCAAGUAAAGGGCUCCGUGUUAAUAACCCAAUCAAUUCUUAGAAAAUAUAUUAUAUUACCUUCACUAAUAAUAGUUAAAAACAUUACCCGUAUGUUAUUAUUUCAAUCUGAGUGGUGCGAGGAUUUAACGGAUUGGAAUCGAGAAAUGCAUGUUAAAUGCACUUAUAAUGGUGUUCAAUUAUCCAAAUAGAAUUUCCAAAAAGCGGUUAAUGACGAUAUUCAGAUAAAGAUCCUAUUUCUUUGCACGAAACCUUGGCGAUUUAAACUACAACCCUCUCAUAAAGAUCCAAAAAAAAAGAAAGGUCAAAAGAAUGAUUUUUGCUUUUUAACAGUAGGAAUGGAAACUGAAUUACCUUUCGCUUUCCUCGAAAGCGCGUUCAUUUUUGAGCCUAUUUUAAAGAAUAAAAAAAUAAAAAAAUGGAAAGCGACAUGUUUUAUAGCUUUAACAAUUUUAAAAGAAAAAACUAAAUUGUUUUGAAAAGCUUCAAAAGAAACAAAAAAAUGGAUCACUCAAAGCAUUCUAUUUCUAAAAGGAAUAAUAAAAGAACUUUCAAAAAUAAAUCCAAUUCUUUUUGGGUUGAGAGAACCAUAUAAAUUAGGCGAAACUAAAAGGUUCGAUAAUCGGAAUAAGAUGAUUCACAAAUCAUCCCUUCAAAUUCAAUCUAUGGCGUGGACAAAUUAUUCAUUAACCGAAAAAAAUAAAAGAUCGACUAAGAGAACAAACACAAUCAAAAAUCAAAUACAAAUUCUAAUUAUAAAAGACAAGAAAAAUGAAUUUCUAACUCAAGAAAUAAAUAGCAGUUCUAACAAAAUAAGUUAUCGGGAUAAAAUAUUAGAAUUCAAAAAAUUUUGGCAAAUAGUAAAAAGAAGAAAUAUUCGAUUAAUCCGAAAAUUCUAUUUUUUUAAAUUUUUCAUUGAAAAGAUAUACAUGGAUAUUCUUCUAUAUAUCAUUAAUAUUCCAAGAACCAAUACCCAACUUUUUCUUGAAUCAACAAAAAAAAUGAUUGAGAACUUCAUUCACAAUAAUGAAGCAAAUCAAGAAAGAAUUAAUAAAACAAAAAAUACAACUCAUUUCAUUUCAAAUAAAACCUCACUUUCUUCACUUUCUAAUAUUAGUAUUAGAAAUAAAAAUGAAAAAGCUUUUUGUGACUUAUCCUCCCUCUCACAAGCAUAUGUAUUUUACAAAUUAUCACAAACCCAAGUUAUUAGUUUUUAUAAAUUCAAACCUAUCCUUCAAUAUCAUGGAACAUCUCUUUUCUUAAAAUGAAAUAAAAGAUUAUUUUGAAGAACGGGAGUAUCUCAUUCCAGAUUAAGACAUCAUUAUGGGUUAAGACAGAAAAUUGUUUGGCAUUCGGAAUGAAUGAAUGGAAAAAGCUGGUUAAGGAGUCGUUAUCAAUACGAUUUAGCGAAUAGAUGGCUAAAAUUAGUACCGGGACAAUGGCAAAAUAGAGUCAAUCAACACUAUCUGGCUCAAAAUAAAGAUUUAACAAAAUGGGAUUCAGAUGAAAAAGAAAGAUUAAUUCAUUGAAAGAAAAAUGAUUUUCAAGCGAACUCAUUACUAACUCAAGAACAUAAACUGAAUCAAGAACAAAAAUAUAAAAAAUCUAAUUUUAAAAAACACUAUGGAUAUGAUUUUUUAUUAUAUAAAUCUAUUAAUUAUCAAGAUAAGAGGGACCCGUAUACUUAUGGAUCACCAUUCCAAGUAAAUAAGAGGGAAGAGAGUUCUUAUCAUUACAACAUGGAUAAACAAAUUUUUUUUGAUACACUGAGGGAUAUCCCCAUCCAUAAUUAUCUAGGAGAAGGCGAUAUCCUAGAUGCUAUGGGGAAUUUUUCGCACAGAAAGUUUUUUAAUUGGAGAAUUCUUGAUUUUUGUUUUAGAAAUAAGGUCGAUAUUGAGUCCUGGGUCGAUACCAGUACCAAUAGUAAGAAAAAUAUUAAGACUGUGGUUAAGAAUUAUCAAAUAAUUGAUAAAAUGGACCUUUUUUAUUUCACAAUUUAUCAAGAUCAAGAAAGCAACCCAUCCAAUAAAAAAGGAAGCCAUUUUGAUUGGAUGGGACUGAAUGAAGAAAUACUAAGUCAUCCUAUACCGAAUCUAGAACUUUGGUUCUUCCUGAAUUUGUCUUUGCUAUAUAAUGCAUAUAAGGUUAAACCAUGGAUCAUACCAAUAAAAUUACUUCUUUUCAAUUUUAAUGGAAAUAGGAACAUUAAUAAAAAUAUUAUUGAAAAUAAAAAAGGGACUCUGUAACACCCCGAUAUUACAGACUCCCUUAUAGCACCAAACGAAAAAUAAAUUAUUGGAUUAGAGAAUCGAAAUCAAGAAGAAAAAGAACCCAUAGGUGAAGGGGGUCUUGUAUCAGAUGCACAAAAACAAGGAAAUUUUAAAUCCGUUCUCUCAAACCAAGAAAAAUAUGUUGAAGAAGAUUAUGAUAAAUCAGACAAAAAAAAAUGUAGAAAAAAGCAAUACAAAAGCAACACGGAAGCAGAGCUUGAUUUCUUCCUAAAAAGGUAUUUGCAUUUUCAAUUGAGAUGGGAUGAUUCUUUAAAUCAAAGAAUAAUCAAUAAUAUCAAAGUAUAUUGCCUCCUGCUAGUGAUAAAUCCAAACGAAAUUGUUAUAUCCUCUAUUCAACGGGGAGAAAUGACGGAUAUUUUGAUGACGAAGGAUUUAACUCUUAGAGAAUUGAGAAAAGGAAUAUUGAUUAUCGAUCCGGUUAAAUGCAUCGGUAAAAAUGAUGGACAAUUUAUUCUAUAUCAAACUAUAAGUAUUUUGUUGGUUCAAAAUAAACACCAAAUUAAUCAAAGAUACCAAGAAAAAACUAUAUUGAUAAAAUCAUUUUAUGAAUUUAUUGCAAGACAUCAAAAGAUGAUUGAAAAUAAAGACAAAAAUCAUUAUGAUUUGUUUGUUCCUGAAAAUAUUUUAUCCCCUAACCACCGGCGAGAAUUGCGAAUUCAAAUUUCUUUCAAUUUGGAUAAAAAUGGUAUGCAUAGAAAUGCGAUAUUUUAAAUAAUGUAAAAACUAUGGUCAAGUUUUGACUAAAACAAACAUCUUGAUAGUGAAAAGAAACUAAUUAAAUUAAAGUUCUUUCUUUGGCCCAAUUAUCGAUUAGAAGAUUUAGCUUGUAUGAAUCGAUAUUGGUUUAAUACUAAUAACGGCACGUUUGAUAUGAUAAGGAUCCGUAUGUAUCCGCGUCUGAAAAUUCGUUAA